CUUUCAUCAGAUUCUCAAAACCACCGAAAGGACUACAAUCUGCUACUUUAGAGCUUUGCUGGAAAGCAAGCAAUUAAGGUAGAUAAGGAUGCCCUCUGGUAAUCACUGCUGUUUCUCCUUUCUCAUUUGCCCUUUCCUCAGCUUUAGAUCCUCUACCCAAGAAACAAAUUGGAGUCUGAGACUUGAGGCCCAGAUAAAUUGGACACUGCUUGAAGAGGGCAAUGGCUGUUGCCUUGGGUUGUGCAAUCCAGGCUUCCUUGAAUCAGGGUUCUGUGUUUCAAGAGUAUGAUACUGACUCUGAAGUCUUCCGUCAGCGCUUCAGGCAGUUCCAGUACAAAGAAGCAGCUGGGCCUCAUGAAGCUUUCAACAAACUCUGGGAGCUUUGCUGUCAAUGGCUGAAGCCAAAGAUGCGUUCUAAGGAGCAAAUCCUGGAGCUUCUAGUGUUGGAGCAAUUCCUAACAAUUUUGCCCACAGAGAUAGAGACCUGGGUGAGGGAACAUUGCCCAGAGAAUAGAGAAAGAGUUGUGUCACUGAUAGAAGACUUACAGAGAGAACUUGAGAUACCAGAGCCACAGAUUGAUAGGCAGGAAAUACUCUUGGAAGACCUGGCAUCAGUUGGGAUGGCAGACAUACCACCAAACAUCCACCUGGAGGUACCCCCACUCCAAGCAAUGGGACCUGUUCCUAAUGCCCCUGUGGCAGAGGCAUGGAUCCCACAGGAGCUGAGCUAUAGUGCUGCUGGGGAAGACCAGUCCUUUCUGGACCCCGGAUAUGCAAUACCAAAGCUUGAUGUGAGCUUUCCAUUGGAGCAUAGAGAAGAGUCAUGGGUGAAGGAACUACAAGAUUCCAAAGAAAUUAAACAAUUACUUGAGUCCAAGAUAGGUUUUGAGAUUGGGAUAGAAAAUGAAGAAGAUACUUCAAAACAGAAAAAACUGGAAAAUAUGUACCCAUUUCUUGUCACUUUAGAGGGGAAUGCUCUCCAUGGUCCCAUUUUGCAAAAAGACUAUGUACAGUUAGAAAAUCAAUGGGAAAAACCCCCAGAGGAUUUACAGACAGAUUUGACAAAAAUUGUAGAUCAUCGGAAUCCCUCAAUAGGAGAGAAGUCUGAGAGCUCUAACUUGGAAGAACCUCUCAACCCUAGAACCCAUAAGAAAAAGAGUCCAGGAGACAAACCUCACCGAUGUUCUCAGUGUGGAAAAUGUUUUGCCCGGAAGUCACAACUUACAGGGCACCAGAGAAUUCAUUCAGGAGAGGAACCUCAUAAAUGUCCUGAAUGUGGAAAAAGAUUCCUUCGUAGUUCAGAUCUUUAUAGACACCAACGACUUCAUACAGGGGAGAGACCCUAUGAAUGCACUGUGUGUAAAAAGCGAUUCACUCGGCGCUCACACCUUAUAGGGCACCAGAGAACCCAUUCUGAAGAAGAGACAUAUAAAUGCCUUGAGUGUGGGAAAAGCUUUUGUCAUGGAUCAAGUCUUAAAAGACAUCUGAAAACUCAUUCGGGUGAAAAACCUCAUAGAUGUCACAAUUGUGGGAAGAGUUUUAGUAGACUGACAGCUCUUACUUUGCACCAGAGAACUCACACUGAAGAGAGACCUUUUAAAUGUAAUUAUUGUGGGAAAAGCUUUAGACAGAGACCAAGCCUGGUUAUUCAUUUAAGAAUUCAUACAGGGGAGAAGCCAUACAAAUGUAGUCAUUGUUCUAAAAGCUUCAGACAGAGAGCAGGCCUUAUUAUGCACCAAGUCACUCACUUUAGAGGACUUCUUUAAGAAUUAUUAAAGUAAACAGGACAUGCAGAAAUUGGCACUAACUCAAAACAUCUUAACCUGAAGCAGUCUGUUUGUCUUGGAGGAAUCUUUUUUGUUUUUGUUUUUUUAUUAUUUAAAAAACACAUCUUCCAAGGCAUGUAAAUUCUAGACUGUCUACCUACUCUUGCAACUUUCCUAGAUUUGAUGUAUUCUAUCUUUAUAACUCUUAUUUUUUUUUUUAAUGAAAAUGAAAAUUUUUGUGUCCUAAGCAAACCAUAUCAUAGAUGAAAGCAUAAAACAUAUAGGGUAGGGUCAAUAUAAUGGAUCACCAUGUCUAUUUGGCAUAUAUAUUACAGCAGCACCAUAAUUAUUGUGCUGUCAUUGUUAAAGGUGGUUAUGUUAGUUUAAAAUUUUGUGUCCCGAGUGGCAGGAAAGGAGACAGUGUAUUUUGUCAAAUAAAGUGUGUCAGGAACAUAUGGAUGAAGAAGAUUUCAUUUGCCUCAUUCAAGGACUGGGUUAUUUCAAUUGAAAUUUUUUUAUGUUUAAGAAAUUAAGAUUUUUAACCUUUACUUUUGAAUUUCGCAAAGUUUACUAAUCUGCUUAUUUGGCUGUUUGGGGUA